UACUUGUUCCUAUCCCUUCUUUUUCUUACUAUGUGUUGUUGUUAGUGCUUGUCUUUUCGUGUGUCGGGUCUAUCGGAACAGACUCUCCGCACGGUGGCCUAAGGCUUGCGUACACACUGAACUCCUCACCCCACCCCCAUUUGUGUGAUUGCACUUGGUUUGUUAUUGUUGUUACACUAACCCCCAAACCCCACCCCACACCUCCCCUUUGUGUUUCUGGUUUUGUCUGUUUCUUAUAAUCUUUUUGGAUCUUCUUGCAUCUACUAUUGGAUUGUAUAUGACUAUUCUUAACUGGUUUUGGACUCAUUAGUCUUAUUUUCUGGAAAUUUCAUCUGACUAGUUUUUGUCUGUUUGCUAUCACAAACCUUUCACAUGUUUAAUUUUGACCUUAAGGUUAUAUGAGAUUAAAAAAUUGAACUCUUUUUGUUGUUUUCUUGAUACUUUUGCUGGCAUUUUAGCUGUUUUCUUAAUUAUAUUUGUGUAAUCUGCAGCAUAGAGAAGAAUCUUGGGAAAACAAGCAUUGGAGUGAUUGAAGUUUGAGGGUUGAUUUUGUAAGUAUGUUAUAAAAGAAGUUGAAAAUGGCAUCCUCUUCUGCUGAAAAUAGUCCAGUGCCACUCAGAGUAGCACCCCCAAAUUAUCAUCCAUAUCCACCUCCAUUGGCUUCAUAUGAAAAUGUUGUGGCCUCUCCUCAACUUUUUAUGGAUACUUUGCAGAAGUUCCAUGCUGCUAUGAGAACCAAGUUCAUGAUCCCUGUUAUAGGGGGGAAACCGUUGGAUUUGCAUCGCCUCUUUGUCGAGGUAACUACUCGUGGUGGUAUCGCAAAGGUUCUAGGGGGAAAAAGAUGGAAAGAAGUAACAACAGUUUUUAGCUUUCCUUCUUCAGCCACGAAUGCUUCAUUUAUCCUCCGGAAGUAUUAUAUUUCAUUGAUCUAUCACUACGAAAGAGUCUACUAUUUCAAGGCGAAGCACUGGACCCCUUCUCCUGAUGUGUUGCAGCAAGUUUCACAUGCUGCAGCUCCACCACAUGGCUUGGCCGGAUAUGUGCUUCCAUCACCAGAAAUAGAAGCUGCCACGCCCAAGUUGCAGAUGAUAGAAACAACAUUUCCUGAAGAAACUGCAGCACCAUCAACAGGUUCGCCAUUGUGUGGUGUCAUUGAUGGCAAGUUUGAGAGUGGAUAUCUUAUCACAGUGAAGAUCGGUUCUGAAGAUUUUAAAGGUGUUCUAUAUCAGGUUCCAAUGAACACAAUGCAUCAAGAGUUGCAAAAUCAGAAUCUACCUGUUUAUAACACGGGGAAAGCAGCAUCGACGGCAACUGGAGUAGUUCGAAGAAAGCGUAGGAAGAAAUGUGAAAUUAAGAAGCGCGAUCCUGCUCAUCCUAAGCCUAACCGAAGUGGUUAUAACUUUUUCUUCGCAGAACAACACGCCAGGCUGAAACCUCUCUAUCCUGGGAAGGAUAGGGAGAUUAGUCGGAUGAUAGGUGAAUUGUGGAACAACCUAAACGUACCCGAGAAAAUGGUUUAUCAGGAGAGAGCCUUGCAAGACAAAGAACGAUACAGAUUGGAGAUGGAAGGCUAUCGCGAGAGAUUAAGAACAGGGCAAGUGGUUAAUAAUCCGCUGCAAAUACAACAACUUCCUAUUGAACACAAUGUCGAUAUGAUUGAUGUGCAGAGUGAACUACCAAGUGAAAACGGAAACGUUUCUUGGAGUCCAGAGUACAGACCAAGUUCCGAUAAAUGUGCGAAAAGCAACUUGGAGAACAGUGAAGGCACAAACCCGAAUUUAGAUGCAAAGGCUCCAAAGGCAACCAACAACGUGGGCGUGGAAGCAUUGGGCGAUGAAGAGGAAUUCGAGUUACUUAAGAGAGUCGACAUGGUUGAAUGUGAGGAUAAAGAAAUGCAGGAAGAAGAAGAAGAAGAAGCUGAUAAACAAGAACUUCAACAUAGUAAGGAGAAAGUUUUGUUUUUCCUAGAAGAUAAAACUUUAUUACCAACUGUGGAGAAAAUAUAACAUGGCAUAGCUUAAGUUAACUUCCUAGAGAUAACACCUAUCUUAACUAUAGUUACCUUUUGACUUAGUGAUUAUUUUGUUGUUCCAUUGUCAAGUUUUUAGCAUAGGUGGGACACAAUUUGGAAGUAUGAACCAUUUUGAUGUUAAUGGCAUGGGCUUACUUUAAAGAUAACUGUCUUUUGUUCUU